UCUAUCUAUCUAUCUAUCUAUCUAUCUAUCUAUCUAUCUAUCUAUCUAUCUAUCUAUCUAUCUAUCUAUCUAUCUAUCAUUUAACUUUUAUAUCAUCUCCUACGCUGUCGCGUCGCUAAAAGCGCUUCUUUCUCGCCUCGGUUCAGUUUAUAGAUAAAUUCGCCGGUUUAUUAUUAAAUUCCGUUCAUUAGAUUUGAUUCACACCGGAAACGAGACUUUCGGGUGUCAUCUGAUUGUCGAUUCCAGUGGUGGUUUACCGGACGGAGUGAUGAUUUAACGGUGCUGUCAUUCAAUUCUCGGUAUUCGUGGCUGCGAAGGGAAGCUGAACUAGAAGCUUUUUCUCGCGUGAGACUUUUCUCGAGCGCUUCUCGGAUUCGUCUUUAGGAGGCAGCCAAUCAGCAGCGAGCUCUGAAGCGCACGCACGCUCUUGAAAAGCGUUUACAGCUGAUCCACUCCCGCAGAAUCAAAACAAACCUCCACCGCUCACAGACGCCUGCUCAUGUGCGACUCUCAGCGUUAAGGGUCAAUGAGGGGGACGCUGGUCGUCGUAUUUCAGGCUCUGCUGUGGCCUGUCGUCUCAGCAUCAGCCCUGUUUACAGUCAGUUUAGAGAAGAGCGAUUACGAGGCAGAGCUUCAUGGAGAUGUCAAACUAGUGUGCUUGUUCUCCAAGGUUAAACGUUUGUCUGACCUCACUGUCAUAUGGAGCCGAGUCGAGCCGAAGCCGGCCGUGGAUGUGUAUCGGCUGGAGAGAGGCACAGAAAACCACAAUUACACUAGUGCUGCGUUCAUAAAACGUGCACAGCUCAUCCACGAGCAGCUGGAUCUAAACAGAGCGGUGCUGCACUUGAAGAAGCUCCAGAUAAAAGAUUCAGGCAUGUACCGGUGCAUCGUGAAAGAGGGAGAUGAUGGAGACUACAAGCAAGUCACGCUCAAAGUUACAGCUCCUUAUACUCCCGUAAAGAAAAGCACCAUGAAGACGGAUCAGGAUGAGGUCGAGCUCUCCUGUGAGUCUCAGGGGUUCCCGUCCGCUCAGGUUAUCUGGAGCGAUGGCCAGAACACAAACCUCACAGAGAGGUCCGACAGCACCACACGCUCAACAGAUGAAGAUCUCUUCCACAUCAUCAGCAAGCUGACGGUGAAACGAGACCUCGUCAAUAACUACACCUGCUCUUUCCUCGUGAAGGGCGAGAUCCGGGAGACGGUCACCUUCAGCAUCCCAGACGACCUCCUUCCUCACUCUUCUGCUCAGCACGUGUGGAUUGUCGCCGUGGUCCUUGUGCUGUUAGCCAUUGUCUUCAUCUGUGUAAUUCUGCAUUGGAGAAAAAAUGGUCAGAAAAACAGACGUAAUGAAUCAUCUCAAUGUGCUUUCCUGUUUCCACACUCAUCCUCUGCCACCACUGACUCUUUACUGACCGUGAACGAGAACAGGUCGCAAGCAUGUGACAUAAGCUCAGAAGAAACAGCAGAAAAAUCUUUGAGGAGCGCGCUUAUUCAACAGUAUUCAGAGCUGGACACAAGCGCUGAGAUGAACAGCAGACUUGCUUCAUAUGCUCUCCUCAGCAAAGAAGGCCGAUCUCUAAACAUCAGCUCAAUCCUGCCCGAUAAGAAAGAAAUGAUCCUUCUGCUUGGAGAACCAGGCUGCGGGAAAACCAGCGUAGCCCAAAUCCUGUCGUCCUGCUGGGCAGAGAGGACCGCGACAGACCCCUUCAACAUCCGCCGGCUCCAGCUGGUUUUCCAGGUGGACUGUAGCCGAGCGAAAGGAGACUUUUUCCAGGCGAUAAAAUCCAGCGUUUCUUAUGAAAAACCACUAGACGUGUCAGAGCUCAGAGAGACUCUUCUGGGCUCGAGAGACUGUUUGCUCAUACUGGACGGAUAUGAAGAGGGAAACAAGGACCUGGAUGAAACACUCGAAUGCUUUCUAACAGAGCGGCAGACGUGCCGGGUGUUAAUCACAUCACAUCCUGGAAAAUGUCCAGCUCUGGAGAAAAACGUCAGGACAGUAUUACAGCUCAUUCAGAAACCGGAAAAUUCUGGAUCAUGAAAUCCUAUACAUUUUAUAUUCGCACAGACUGUGGUUUUGCUCUUUUGUGUUGCAAAUUCAACAAAGCCGGAUGAUGGAGCUGCCUUUCGUUUCUUGGGAAUUUGUUAUAAUCAGACUUUUGGUAAAGCAGACUCAUCUGGCAGGAGAUCAAACCAUUUCACAAUACUUGAAUUCAGUUGUAUAUUUCAAAGACCAAGUACAGGAAAAGAGAAAUGAGAUCACGGUUACUUAGCCUUAUCACUGUAGACACAAACAAAUCAUAUAGAAACUAUUUGCACUUAUGAUAAUAACGAAGAAACUGCAAGCAACACAUCGUCUUAAACGUGAAAGCUUGGAGUAGAAAAUCUGAAAUGACUUUUUCUUGUGAAAUGUUUUAUUUACACAAUCUUGUGCACUUCUUAUCAGUCAAUAAUGCAUAUGGUUUAACUGUUACAGGAAUAAGCACAGAUCUGAUUUGCAUGCUUUCAGCGAAAUAUAGUUACAAACUAACCAUAACUACCCUUUCUUCUGUCCGAUCAUUAACUCUGAUCGUGCAAAACGCAACUUCUCGUUUAGAUUUACUUCAAACUUUCUGUAACAACAACACACUUUCUUUUUGUUUAUCGAUGUAAAAUGUGCUGCUUUUGUUUGAAGAACAAAAAACUGAAAGUGAAAACGUUA